AACAAAAAGCGAAGUAAGGUUUUUUUUGUCAUGCGAGAAAAAAACUUCAAAAGAAUUCACUUAGAAGAAAACAAGAAAACCAAUUAAGAAUACAGUCUGGUUAGCCGGUAGUUCGACCAUCGACUGGGCUCAUUUCGGGGUAGAAGGUGGAAUGGAAGCGGAAAUAAAGGACGAAAUACCGGCGAUUGAAGAACUCGUUCAAGUCACAGACCAGACUUUACUUCAAGAGGAGACAACUCGCGUGUUUGAGCCGGAAAUACAAGAAAACCAUAUACCUAAAGAACAAGCGGUCGUACCCCUAUUUGAUCUUACUAAAUUGAGCUAUGAACUUCAACAAGGGUAUAGAAUAUACGUAGAAUUGCUAGCUGAUUCAAAUCGGAACGUAACAUGGCCGUUCAUGGAGCCUGUAGAUGCCGAGUCUCUUGGUUUAUGGGAUUACUAUGAACGUAUAAAAGAACCCAUGUGCUUUGCUACAAUUGGUUCCAAGUUCAAUGAGUACAAGUACGAUAGUAUUACUGAAGUUGUCGCUGACAUAAGGCUGAUACUAGAGAACUGUUACCGCUAUAAUGGUCCUAGCCACUGGGUUUCCAAAUUAGGACAGAAACUAGAAAAGAUCUUGGAACAAAAAUUAGCCUUAUUAAGCAGGUCCUUGCGAGACAAGGUUACCCUUCUAGCUACUAUGUCAUUGAAUCAGGAUCUUCCUUUAAUGGCUGAGUUAGAAGCAUCUGGUCGCAGACGUUCAAGUCGUCAGAACUACCUAAGCAUGGUGAAUGGAGAGAAUUCCUCUUCUCUCGUUAACCAUGUAAAGAUACAGGAAGAGUCAGAGGAGAAGGAGAGAAGGAAGCAGAGGGAGAAAGAAAAGAAAGAAGCUAAUCAGGCUUUGCUGCAGGAUCUGGUUGAUUGGGAGAAAAAUGAGUUGAAACUGGAAAUAAUGAAUCAACUUCAUUCAAUGUGGGAGAUACCAUCUAUAGGAAGUUUCCUCUACCUGGUUAAGGAUAUUCUUGGCUUAGAAGACAUCAAUUUAACAGAAUUUGAAUUAUCAUUCAUCUAUCCUAACAAGUCAUCACUUCUUGCAAGAAUAUACACAGCUCUUCUCAUUACUCCUCAUCAAAGAAAAAGUUUAUACAAGAAACCAGUCAUGACCUUCAAAAAGUGGGAAUCUAAGUUGAAAGAGAAGCUAGAUGCAUGGUACAAAAUUGCUGAGAAAGAAGGCUUUUAUUCAGUUUCAUUACAGCUUGGGAUAGAUCUGAGGUUUUUUGAUAUUCUUGGUAAAGAAAAGAAUCCUCUAGAAGAGAAGUCCUACUUGGAUCUGACCCUAUAUCAACGUGUUUGGGUGCUCAAGACCCUGUGUGAUGUCUGCUUCCACAAAGAUUAUGACAUCCGUGAGAAGGUGAAUUCCUGUGACUUCAUGGAGCAGAGAGACCUCUUCCUCGGCACUGAUGCAGAUAAUCAUUCAUAUAUUUAUUUCCCUAUAUUUCAAACCACUGAUGUUCGUGUUUACCAGCAUGACCAACUUGAAGUGCCUAAGUUAAAUAUCAAAACUAAAAAGGAGCCAUCUCCCCCUCCACCACCAGCCCCUGAAAGAAAAAAGGCCAAGAAAACACCAUCAAAACCUUCUACGCCAUCUAGACCGGCAAGGCCUUCAAGACUACGACAGCUGAGAAGUGACUCUCCUAUGGAAGAAGAUAAAGUCAAAGAAGAAACCCCACCCGAUCCAGAACCAGAAGAUGCAGACCAAACUGAAUCCAAACCAGAUCCACUACCAGCAUUUGAGGCUGAAGAUGGGUUUAAACUAGCCUGUCAUGAUAUUGAAACCCUCAAGGCUCUAGCUGAACGAUUUGCUGAACCUCCCACCCCCCCUAAGAAGAGAGGUAGAAGACCCAAGGUCCCUCCCCCUAGAAAACGAUGUGAGAUUGAACUACAUGAGACACUGAUGGCGUUGUUACAAGAGCUCGAGAAGUAUGAAGGGGCAUUCUCUAGGAAUUAUACUAAAGCAAGAAUCAAGAUUAUGAAAGAAAGCUUGGAACCUGAAGCUGUGGAGGAACCAGAGGAAACCCCAGAACCAGAGCCCAUGGAGGAAUGGGGAAGUGAACUGAGUGAUGAAGACGAUGGUGCCAAACUUGAUGCAAAGGACGAAGACUUUAAGAUAGAAGAGUAUGGCAACAACUCAACCCUGGAGGACUUACAGCCAAAACUUGACGAGGUACAGUCGAUCAGUGGUGAAUCAGAAAAUGGAUCCAUUGAAGCCACGCAGAGAGGCUCACCUCGUUAUAAAAGAAAGCGCAAAUCCUCAAAGACAGAUGACAAUGUGGAGGCUUUGAAUCGUGAGAACUGUACUAUUGGGCUCCAGACACCCAAUCCAAGAAUGAAAAAGAAAGCGAAAAAAUGGAGCCCCACCAAAGAAACUGUGUUGCCUAAGUCUACGUCGUCUCCAUCAGUUGUGAUCUCUGCUGUUUCAGCUGAGGAGAGUGUAAAAGCGGCAACCAUGCCUAAGGAAGAAGUCUCUGUUAUGAAGAAGCUGAGUACAGAGUCAGCUUAUGGAACACAAAGUCUUUCGCCUAAGAUGAUCCUGGUCAACUCUUUAGGUGAGGCACUAAAGCGAGCCAAGACACCUAGUCCUAAUCGGGCUCAAAAUCCAGUUGUUGAAUCAAGUGUGAUUGAUGUUAAAGACAGUUCUGUCCAAGGAUCGACGACCACUGAUGUGACCUCCAAAGUCAGUCCGUUGUCUCUUCAAGCUCAAAAUCUGCGCAAACGUAUUUUAGUUUCCCCAGAAGGAAAAGCACAUGAAGUUAAGUGUGUGACGUCCACAACAUCACCAUCAAUAACACCAUCAGUACAUCCACCUAUACAACGGAAAACCGCUGUGCAGAUUGUUACUAGUGUCAAAGGGGAGGUUACCAAUAGGAGUGUUAGUGCCACACCUAUUACUAUUUCCAGGACACUAGGAAUGGUGUCGCAGAACAGGGUGACUCUAUCUACUGGUUUGCAACCAAUAGCUAGUGCCUCAACUACUGGAAGCCAUCAAAGGCCAAUCAUUCUCUCUCACAGUCGAAAACAGGUACUUGGAAAACCGGGCGUGGUUACACAGGUAACUACAGGUAACCCAGUACAAGGUAGAGUGCUAAAACCAACAUCUGCUUUGUCGAAUAACCAUACGUACGCUGUAUCGAGUACUUCAGUCAACCAAGGCCCACGACAGAUUCCUAAAAGCCUGGGUGUUGUCGUCCCCACUACUACCACCACCACCAGCACCAUAAAAAUGGUUCAACUUAUUCCCAAUUCCAAACAGACCAACAUUGCGACGGUUAACUCACUAUAUGCCGUUCCUACCACAAUUGCAAAGCCCGUUGCAGGAUUGAAUGCAACAGCUAAAGCAGAAGCAGUAUCUGGACAAAGUGUAGUCAAGGUGACGGCACCUAAGGCACCACAAGGAAUAACUCCAUCACGUGUGUUGUCACAUCCCAAGACAUCUGUUACCAGCGCUCAAGUCUCUUCCUCUCAGUUAUCAGCGUCAGCCUUAUCUAAGCCUGCUGUAAUGCCAAAGGGAGCUGCCCCCAUAGCUGUUAAAACCCAAACAUCUAAACAGACACCAGGUCAAACCAAGGUAGUCUUUAUUCCUGCUUCAUCCGUCGAUGCAAAAAGCCCUUUAGCAAGCUUUAAACCUCAAACAUUAACAACAACGGGUGGCCAAAGCAUUUAUGGGUAUGCUGUGGUAGUCCCUCCAGGAACACCUGAAGAAGUCAAUGCUGUUAUAAGUUCUGCAUUGAGAAAACAGACUAGUGGUCCUGUAAAACAGCCAAGCGUUCCCACGCAGCAGAAGCAGCAACAAGUGGUAGCUGCAGGGAAAAUAGCAAAUGUAGUUUCUCAAGCAAUCGUUACAGGAAAGGGACAGAAUACUAGUGUUGCCGGUACAUUGCCUGGUUCACAGCCUCGUCCUGGUGUUGGAAAUAUCACACAGCUUCAUCCUGGUUUUGCAACUAGCACCACUCCGCCUCGUGCAAAUGUUACAAUUACUACCACACAGCCUCGUCCCAGUGUGCCAACUGUAGCAACACAGCCUCGCGCAGAUGUUACAACUACCACCACACAGCCUCGUCCCAGUGUGCCAAUUUUAGCCACACAGGUUCGCCCAGUUGUUACAACUACCGCCACACAGCCUCGUCCUAGCGUACCAACUGUGGCAACACAGCCUCGAACAGGUGUUACAACUACCACCACACAGCCUCGUCCCAGUUUGCCAACUGUAGCAACACAGCCUCGUAUAGGUGUUACAACUACCACCACGCAGCCUCGUCCUAGUGUACCAACUGUGGUAACACAGUCUUGCACAAGUGUUGCAACUACUACCCCACUGCCUCGUUCCAGUGUACCAGCUGUAGCAACACAGCCUCGUAUAGGUGUUACAACUACCACCACACAGCCUCGUCCCAGGGUACCAACUGUAACAACACAGCCUCGUCCAAGUGUUACAAUUACCACUAAACAGCCUGAUUCUGGCGUUACAUCUUCGUCUAUAGCUACUCUUGCUAAUGUCCCAGCGUCGGUUGCUCAAAAUAAUUUAGUGGGUUCCAGCACCACGCAGCCUCACCUUGGCACCACAGUUAGCACCGCACAACCCCGUUCUAAUGUUGCAACGUCGUCCACUACUACUAGCGCUAGUGUCUCUGGGUCAGUUAGUAUGUCACUUGGAUCUAAUUCUCUACAGCCUCGUUCAAGUGUUGUAACAAGUACUGCACAGCCUAGUAAUGGUAAUCCAACCAAUUACAGCUCCAAUGCUCCAGACAAUCCUAAUGUGUCACUUCUUAAUAGUGCUACAGAGCCUUGUUCAAGUUUUGCAAGUACUUCUCAAAAAUCUACGAUCAUAAAUGUCCCUGGGUCAGUUUGCCCUAAAAACUUAACCAGCUCAAGCACUAUACAAGAUGGCAGAGAUGGUAUAAAAAAUAUAGAGACGACAACAACAUGUUCCAGUGCACAAAAUAAUGCAGAAUCUCUACCAAAAACCUUACCCAUCGCACUGUCUACCAAAGUCAGUGACUCAACAUCUACCAGUGGUCAAACUGGUAGCGUUAGCGCGUUAGAAAAUGGUCAGGAGUCAUGUCAUUCUGAUCAAAAAACAAGACUAGACAGUACAAAAGAAAGCAAUAGUUGGAUAAAAAAUGGACCUACGAGUAAUCCUAAUACACCGUCAAGUAAUUAUGAAGUUGCAAAGAUCUCUAAACCGGUAAAUGUGUCUGGAAAUGACCCAUCAAAAAGCUACGCUACGGAAACAAGUACCCAAAAUAUUGCUAAACAAACUUCAACUUCUACAGUCACACGUUCACCAACUACAAGCGAUCAUCUCCCUCAUGCGAAUAAACUAACUGUUGAGGACGAGGAUCAGAAAAUCGCAUCAUAUCGUAAUGGGGUUUUCCUACAACCUACGUUAAAUAGUAUAGAUUCUACACAAAAUAUAAAGUGUACGGAUUCCACUGCACCUUAUGAAGACGUGAGUAGUGUUAACGGUGUUUCAGACGUCAUAAACACUAAAGCACCAUCACUGUGUGGCACUACAAGUCAUUCUCCAUCCGUGACAACUAAUUAAUAACACCUAGCAAACUCUUGGCAACAAGAAAUUGACAUGGAUGUGAUGAACUUUCGUAGUCAAGUGAUGAAGUGACGCUCAGAUGCGUCCUGGGAAUGAGCGACAGAAUUUUACCCCUAGGUUCCCCAGGAUCCAGAAUUCUGUUAUUGGGCCCGGUUGUACGAAGGUUUGAAUAGCGCUAUCCGUCGGCAGCGCAUAGAUUUGCUGGUUAACGGUAUCGACGUAUCUGGAUAAGGAUUUACCCGUUUGAUAGCGCUAUCCACCCUUCGUACCAACGGGCCCUGGAUAGCAAAUGGACAUAGCUGAAGUCAUUCAGUCACACGCGAUAAAUAAUAGUGCAAGUCAUUCCAAUGCACUAGCCAUUUUACCCGUUCUUACAAUCUCGUACCCCGAGCCCUUAUUUCUCAUUGCGCAUGCUCGAUGAAAUAACUCUUUCGUCGAGCAUGCGCAGUAAGAAAUAAGGCUGGGUACGAGAUUGCCGUUCUUACUGCACGCGUUCAAAGGAUGCGCAUGCGUAAUCCUUAAUUCACUGUUCUGGGUUGACUCCUUAGGCAGUGUUAAUUAUUCUGCCUUACAGCUUCGUGGAGUAUUGAAAGGACAAUAAAUAAUUCAAGUUUUUGAAUGAUGACAAUUUUUAAAUGAAAUCGAAAUUAAUCAUUUUGUACAGAAUUCAUUCGUGAAUUUCAAAUCAUUAGUUUGUAUAUUUUCAUCUUUUUCACAAUAAAGUGAAGAAAAAAUUGUUGCGCCUGAAA